AUGGCCAAAAUCACAAACUUGGACUUUGCACCUCUAAGUGUGAGGAGUGACAAUUAUCUCCAAUGGGCAUUAGCCGUUGAGAUCUCUCUUGGAGCCAAAGGCCUAGAGCAGUGCAUCGUUCCCCAGAACGAAACUACUAAGAAAGAGAACUCUCAAACCCUCGUGAUCAUCCGUCAUCACAUUGAGGAGAGCUUAAAAGCUCAAUACCUCACAGUAAGUGAUCCAUACGAGUUAUGGAAAGAGCUUAAGAUGAGAUAUGACCACCAGAAGACUUUGAUUCUUCCGGGUACCACCUAUGAGUGGACUCAUCUCAGGAGUCAAGACUUUAAGUAUGUGAAUGAGUACAACUCAGCCUUGUUUAAAAUAGUCUCAAAACUGAGGCUAUGUGGCGAGACUGUAACUGAUAAGCAGUUGUUGGAAAAGACUUUCCAGACAAUGUCCUCAAGCAAUAUGUUGCUUCAGCAACAAUACAGACUGAAAGGUUUUAAUACCUAUUGUGAGCUCAUCUCAUGUCUAUUGCUUGCAGAACAGAACAACGAGCUGCUCUUGAAGAAUAGUGAGCUUAGACCACCUGGAUCUAAGCCUGUCCCUGAGGCAAAUCAUACCUCAAAUGAGCCUAAUGAUGGUGCUGAAGUCAACCAUGUCCGGUAUGACCAAAAGGGCCGCAGUUCCUCAUAUGGAAGAGGACGCGGUCGUGGGGGUCAAGGGCGAGGAAGUGGGCGUGGUGGCUAUGGCAAAGGGCGUAACACCCCUUAUGACCGUCCAAACCAGUCCAAUAAUGGGCAUGGCAAAAGCAAAGGCAAUGGGACAUCUUCACAACCACAGAAUCCUACAAGCUCACCUUGCCAUAGAUGCGGAAUCAUUGGGCAAAGAAUUGCCGCACAGCCAAGCAUCUGGUCGACCUCUAUCAAGAGAGUCUCAAGGGCAAGAAUCCGGAAGCACACAUGGUGUACAAGAUGGUGA